UCCUGAAGAGACCAUUUUGAAGGUAGUGAACACUGGAUUAAUAUUUAAUUCUUUAUUAUUAAGCUGUAACUGCACAGUGGAAUGUAGGCAGCUCUAACUAUCAAAGGAUUUGGAAUUACAGUUUGAAGCGCAAGAUGAAGCUUUUUCUUCUGAUGAUUUUCUACUUGCUCAAUUCCCCCAGUGCUAAUUGUCAUCAUCAUGAUAGCAGUGACUCACACAGUGAGGAGGUAAGAAUGAAUUCUCUUCACUAUAGCAGUGAGUCUGACAGUGAUGAGAGGGGCAAUUGGUACCCAGGAUUUGGGAACAAGCUGAUUCCUUUCUGGCCUCUGAUUCCUGUUCUGUGGCCGCAGCCACCACCUGCUCCUGCCCCACCUCCACCUCCAGCACCUAAACCAAACCCAACAACAACCACAACCACAACUACAACCACUACCACAACCCCAACCCUAGUGGUUACUACCACUGAGCCUCGAGGAGACGAGUAAUGAACUGUGCUGAUCUGAGAGAAGGAACUGCAGAUUGAAUUACUUUACUUAAAUUCUCCAACAACAGAAAUUGUACUCAAUGAUUGGAAAUGUAUGCUGUAUGUGUGUUUUGCAUUUAUAUAUGUAUUGUAUAUGUUGUAUUUUGCAAUUUUUUGAACGAAUUAUUCUGAACAAAUUGGAAAUGGUUUGACACACUGAUGUAAAUGAUUAUGAACAAUUGUCUGCUGUUUGCUACAUUAUCAAUUGCUUAUAUCAUACUGAUCACAAUGUAUUAUACCAGUCUCUGUUGAAUAGUCUUAGCCCCCCAAAACAUCUAGGCAUAAGUUCAUUGCAUAAGUCACUAAAUGCAAAACUGUUGAACACGUUGUCAAAAAUCGAAGUUAAAUAAAAACUUCAUUCAUAUUCUUCAAAUACAAGUAUAUAGCUGAACGAAAUGUUGUUUUGUACGGCCCAUAAACAAAGUAAGAAUAGACAACAUCAAAUCACAACAUACUACAAUAGCAACACUCCAUUCACAAGACCAUUCACCCACAAUACCAUACACAGUAAAGAGUAACAAUACACAGUGAGCAGAAUAGUGAAUAGUGAAUAGUGCAAAUCGCAAAAAAAAUGUCUAGUAGCCUUACAUACAUUGUAAAUGUAUCCAGAAUUGAUGAAAAUAUACAGACGGCAACAUCAGCCAAAGGGAUCCCAUAUCCCAUGUAUCCCAUUUCUAUGUUAUUAUGCUACGCAGUGCUAUAAAACAGUCCUGUCUUUUUCUUUUCUGUAUUACAAUGACAUACUCUGUCAAAAAAUCAGUAUGAACAAUAAACAAGCAUA